CCGGAUUCUAGUGGAAGGAUGCAAUCUUCUGGAGCUUUACUUUGACUUUCACUUCACUGGCCCCCGAUGACCACCCAGGACACCCUUUUUGUGGACGAACCUUGGCUCAAAGUCGGGUGCACAUUGGGAGAGGGCCCGCUUUACGAUGCAAGCACGUCCACUCUUCAUUUUGUUGACAUCACGGAGAAAAAAGUUUUUCACGUCGAAUUGUCUUCCGGUGAAAUGGAAGUGGAGACCUUUGACGAACCAGUGUCAUGUCUCGUUCUUCGCAGAGGGGGACGCGGGCUCGCAUGCGCGGCGGCCCAAGGGUUUGCUUUGCUGGAAGGUGGUUCCACUUUAAGGUAUCUUGCGAAGCCAUUGUCCGAGAGUGAACGUCCCUACACGCGGUUCAACGACGGUGGUUGCGACUCUCAGGGUCGUUUCUUCGCUGGGACCAUUACGUCUCCUGAGCACAAUGUUCCCGGUCGACUGUAUCGGUAUGACCCUUCGGACCGUUCUUGCGAAAUGGUCGACUCCCCAUUCACGGAUUGUAACGGUCUAGAUUGGAGCGCGGAUGGUAAAACAAUGUACUUCACCGACUCAUUGGUCAAUAAGAUUUUCGCCUAUGACUACGACUCUGGUCAACUCUCCAAUAGGCGAGUGCACAUUGACGCGGUCGCAAAAGGCUUUGCUCCCGAUACCUUCUGUGACGGACUAUGCGUAGACGAAGAAGGAUUCAUAUGGAGUGCUCGGUGGGGCGGGUCCAAAAUUGUGCGCUUCGCAUUGGAUGGGAGAGUCGACUUUGAGAUCGUCUUUCGAACGGCGCUAAACAUCACAUCUUGCUGCUUUGGAGGAGAAAAUUAUGACCAGCUGUUCGUGACCAGUGCGCAUUGCGGAGCAAUCGGGGGUGACGCAACUAGACAAGCCGAAUACCCUGAUUCCGGACACGUAUUCAGGAUAGAUUUUGCUGGACGGUUCAAAGGCCUUAAGAAACACCAGUUUGCAGGGUAG